CCUCUCUCUACCUUCUAGCCGAUGUUCUCCUUCAGUUGCUUGUGUCGUCGUCCUUUUUCACGAUUGAUUGCCUAUACAACGGUCAAUCAACCGAUCAUCUUUGGCGGUGGGCGAACGGAUGGCGACAGCGGAAGAGGUGGUGGCGUGCGUGAGGCGAGAGGGUGAUGUGUAUAUUCCUGCUGGACGAGGAGGAAGUGGAGCAGGAGGAGGAGGAGGCGGAGAUGGUCCCGUUUCGUACUCACUAGGGACAGAGAAGAGGGUAACCGAGGGCGAGGAAGAGGAGGAAGAGGGCACGGCAUGCAGCAGGCUCGAGCGAAGUGAAGUGGAGGAGCAAGGCCAUCACUCGACGAACGAUGAAGGGGAUUCAUCAUCAGGCGGCGCGAUGAGUUUCUUAGUUAAUGCGCCGACAGAGCUGUUGCUGCGCUUGUUGACCUAUUACGGUCUGACGGCUACGGACUUGGCGCGCCUUGAGGUCACGUGCUCGUUCUUCCGGCAGCAAGCGAAACUCCCGCCCAACCGGUUUUUGUCGAUUGCUGAGGUCGCGGCGCACGACUGGUGCAAUCGCCACGUGUUGUUCCUGCGAUGCCCUAAGAAGGAGAAGUUGGCUCUGGAGACGAGAUGCGGAGGCACGUGGAAGCUGGUGAUGAGGUACAUUCUUGCGCUGGACAGGUGUCUGGAUCGCGGCAGGGGCCACGUGGCGGCGGGUGCGCGGUUCAGCGUCUGCGUCAGCGAGAGCGGACACGUGUACUCCUUCGGAAGGGGCAAUUAUGGGGAAUUAGGGAGGUGGAAGAAUAAUUGUGAAUGGAAGCCGCGGCUAGUGACGGCGCGAGCAUUGCGAGGGACGAGGAUAGUCCGAGCGGCGGCGGGAUUGUCGCACACGAUCGUCGUGAGCGACGCUGGACACGUCUUCACGUGGGGAUUGAAUGCGCACGGUUGCUGCGGGCAUGGCCCCCUUGGUCGCGCGCUUACCCCCGCCCGCGUCGAAGAGGGUUUCGGUGGGUCGAGGAUCGUCCACGUGGGCGCCGGUCGGCACUUCUCUGUCGCUCUGGCAUCUGACGGCGGCGUUUUCACCUUCGGCCUCGGUCAGUUUGGCAGAUUAGGUCAUGGGAGAGAGGAUGAUGAAGCCACCCCUCGACGAGUGGAAGGGAUCAACAAUGGUUUGAAAGCAAUCCAGGUGGCCGUGGGGAGCGAUCACUCUCUCGUUAUCGCUGUAGACGAGAAGAACUGCCGCAGGGUUCUCUCUUUCGGUGAGGGAGAGGAAGGGCAAUUGGGUCACGGACGAGAGGCGAACGAGCUGGUUCCUAAGGAGAUCCGAUACUUCACCAAAUGGAACGUUCAGGUGAUGGCCGUGGCGGCGGGAUCGGUACACUCUGUCGCGGUGGCGUUUGGUGGGCAGGUGUACACGUGGGGGAACGGUUUUUCGGGGUGUUUGGGUCACGAAGACACGCGCCAUCGGCUAGUCCCACAUGUGGUGGACGGUGUCAGCCACGUAUGCGCGGUGAAUGUGGCUGCUGGGCAAGACAGCACGUUCGUCGUAGGUGCCGAUGGGGAUGUGUAUUCAUUUGGAAGCACGUAUGGAGGUAGGUUAGGUCAUCCUGACGUGCUUUUCACGCGCGAUUCGUCAGUCAGAUUGCCUAGGCGAGUCAAUAUCUUGAAGAAUGAAUGUGUUGUGGAGGUGGCUGCAGGGGCCUAUUUCUCCGAGGAUGAGUACGAUGAUUCGCACACCUUGGCGGUCACGGAAUCAGGCAAAGUGUUCGGCUUUGGCGCGUGCUUCGCGGGUCAGCUCGGACUGGGGAAAAGAGGAACUGACCAUGCCUUUGAGCCCGAGGAGAUCACUGGCUUGAGGCUGCGUGACGUCUCAUCACGAUCCCUGGUGAAUCGCCGGAAAACCUCAGCCUCAGCUCAGCAGCAGCUGCAAUCAUCAUAUCCGGCGACGCUCGAGAGGCCGACCGGUUCUUCUUGCUUUAUCGAUAUAUUAUGCGUCAUAUCGGCAAGACGCCUGAACGAGCAGAAGCAUAUGGCGACGCUACGAGAGCUCACCGAUCAUCGGAUGAGGCAAGAGGAAACACGAGUGCAAUUAUACAGUCUGGAAUUUGUUGUACAUACGUCAAGGUCAUGGAUGUUCCAGAGGCAACAGGAGCUCCGGCCCAAGGAUAUGGGGAAGAGCAGGGAGAGGUCAUGGAUAUGCCAGAGUCAACCGGAGCGCCAGGCCGAGGAUAGAGACGAGGAGGGAGAGGGGGGCACGAAGGAGAAGAGGGAAAUGACGGAUUUGUAUGCCUGUGCUGCUGUCGGUACCCACUAGGAUGAACAUGGUCACAUUGCGUUCCACAGCUUCUAUGCCUCUCGGCAGAAACGAACUAUCCGUGUACAGCGAAUCUACAGCUUUUGCGAUGCGGCCGAGACCCCCAUCAUGCCACUCGUUAGACCUCUUGGCAGAGAGUAACUUCGACUUGGCAGAGAGUAACUUCGACUGUCUGUUUACCGCGAGACUCGCGAGUCCACAGCUUUUUUUUUUGUGGUGAGGUGAGGAAUUCACGCCGGUCAUCAUGCUGAAGCAAGAGUAGCUGUCCAAGAAGCCACACUCAGGAAGAAUUGAAUUGUCCUGGGAACGAUUGAAUUGCUACUGCGGUUGAGCGGUACUGAGAAGUAAGUACGUGAGCGAGUUCCUUGUCGAGGAGGAGCGGGAGGUGCUGGUGGGUGCAGGGUGCACAGGGCGCACCCUCACAAAAAGACUCUCCCUCGGCUGUAUCCCACUGUGUUAUUGCUGCCACACCCGUCUUCACCCGAAUGGAACGCCUGGUAAUUAUCCCUGUGCAAGGUCCAUGUCGAGGAGCAGGAGGUCCUGGGUGCAAGUUGCAAGGUGCACCCUCCCCGAGACUCUCUCGUGGCUGUAUCUGUGACUAUUAGUACUGGCAUGCCUGUCUUCAUCCGAAUAGAACGCCGGGUAAUGAUCCCUGUCAUCGAGGCGUUCUAUUCGGGGUCAUCAUCGAGAUUCUAGACUGAAGUUGAUCUCACAAAUGCAGCAGCUAUAAUGACGGGGCAUUCUAUUCGGGUGAAGAUGGGGGAGUGGGGGCAGUUCCAUUACCAGUAUGCCGCUGGGCUGUUUCAGGGAGGGUAACCUAGUUGGCAAUGAGCAGAUAGCAGAUCGUCCAUGUGCUUGUUGUCCACAAGCAGACUGCUGAUGGCACACAGUUGCAGGGCAUACUCAGGCUAAGACUUCGUUGACUUAUUUCUGGAGGUAAUUGCGGUCGGAUACGUCCAGGUCCGACCGUAAAUGCGGUCAGCUACAUCCAGGUCCGGUCGUAAAUGCGGUCAGCUAUGUCCAGGUCCGACCGUAAAUGCGGCCAGAUAUGUCCAGGUCCGACCGUAAAUGCGGUCAGAUGCAUGAGAGUAUGCCUUCAUUUAUUCCGCUAUGGUGGUACUGGGACCACAUUGACUGAAUUUGGCGGUAAUUGAGGUCGGAUUCUUCGGAAGAGGAGAGGGCCCUGGUCAGCGCGAGGAUGCCUUCCGAUACUCGAUCUCAGCUGUCUGCUGGUACCACCUGGACUGAAUAAGGCCUCAGGACUCCGCCCCGCCAACUUAGUAAAUUUGAGCAAGACUCUUCAUCUUCCAGCUGAAGACCAUAAGUUCCAUGUCUCUGUACGUGUGCAUAUGGGCCGACUGAUAGAGCGGAAGUGAAGGAGGAGGAGGUACUUGGUCAGUGCCACGCAGCAAAUUUGAGCAAGACAAUGAGAUCCAUGUCUCUGUACGUGCGAAUAUGGGCCGACUGAUAGAGCUGAAGUAAAGGAGGAGGUACUUGGUACUUGGUCAGCUGUCUGCCCUGUACGUGCGAAUAUGGGCCGACUGAUAGAGCUGAAGUAAAGGAGGAGGUACUUGGUACUUGGUCAGCUGUCUGCCGCAUAACUUGAACUGAUUAAGCCGUCACGGCUCUGCUCCACCACGUGCACAGUGUGGGCCGACUGAUAGAGCUGAAGUGAAAGAGGAGGUACUUGAUUGCUCAGCUGUCUGCCGCACAACCUUCAACUGAAUAAGCCCUCGGGGCUACACGCUCCACCGCUUGCGAAAUGUCUCUGCGUUGCAGCUGAAGACGAGCCUUGGGGGAAUUACUUUCUCACAGGCAAUCUCCGAUCGCGUCAAUGGUAUACCAGACAUGGUUUCCCUGAGCAAUCGUCCACUUGGCCUCUUGUGUCAUCCAUCCAUGUGCAGCUAUGGUGGCGUUUGCCAAGUUAGCAUGUGGAAGAAUCCGGUAGCACAAGUGAGGUACAUUCAUCAUUAUUUAUCUGUGCGCUUCUGUGCUCUUGUGCAUGGAGCAAGGAAGCUCACAGGAGUGCUGCAAGUGCCCGUCUGUGGUGGGUGCAGGAAUGUUUUUUGCAGGAGUUUCGUGAACACGUCCUCCCCUUUCCCUAUAUUCCAGUCAGGUGCAAAGGAUGAAGUUCUGAGAUUAUGCAUGGGUGGGCAGGUGGUACUCCCUUGCUUGCCGUUGCGAGUUUUCGGAGUCCACUUGCGCGGGGAUUGGUAGGUAGUAUGUGCAGAUGGAUUCACAAUUUGGUUGCCCCCACUCACAUUAUUGAUUUGGUUGCGGUAUUCGCACUACCGUCUUCGCCUGAAUAAAAUGCCCAGUUUUGC